GGACUACACUUUGGAUGACUCCUUCUGGAUCGACGAGAGUCCAGCAGGGGAAGUGGAGCGUCUUCUGCGGGAGUACACGCAAAACCAGGAAAUGGUCCGAAACAUCGGCUCGCAUUACUACCAAAUCAUAUACCCGGUGCAGUUGCGACAGCACAAGAAAAUGGGCAUCUCCACAAGGGAGAUAGGGUCGUCUAAGGUACGAAAAGCGAGGAGUACGAGAGGUCAGGGCGAUGGGGGUUACUCGGGGCCGAUACGCGGCUCCGGCCGACAGAGGACUGGUAAACACUUCCACCGCACCUCGCUUCUCAUUAAGGCCUUCAACCACAAGUUUCGACUCGAUCUGGAGCUUAACACGCAACUCAUCGCCCCGAACAUCAUGCAAAAGCAUUUCCUCAACAACGGAGCGGAGCAAGUUUCCAAACAGGAAAUCGAGCACUGCUAUUACCAUGGUACUGUACAGGACUAUCCCGGGGCGACGGCGGCCUUCCACACGUGCAACGGCGUCAGCGGGGUCAUCCACGUUGGCAACGAAACCUUCGUCAUACAUCCCUUCUAUGGGGGCGAUCUUUCGAAACAUCCACACGUGAUCUUCGAAGCUCGUACCAAGGCGAACAAGGGCUGCGCGAACUCUGGCAACAUGGAGUGGCGAUUGAACCCUCACUCGGGCUUCCUUCCGCAGCCAAACGACCGACUGAAGAGGGACGUGAGGGAGGCCACCAAGUACAUCGAGACGGCGAUGGUCAUCGAUAAGGCUAUGUUCGAGAAGAGGAACGGGAGUACUCGAGCGGAGGUGGUGCACGAUGCCAUCCAGGUGGCCAACAUCGCCGAUCUGUACUUCCGCACGCUCAACACUCGCGUCUCCGUGGUGUACGUGGAGACCUGGCAAGGUGGCAACCAAGCUCAGAUCGAUCGGUCUCAGGAUAUCGGAAGGGGUCUUUCGAACUUCAACGAUUAUACUUCGAGGAAGCUCUUCAAGAUCGACAAGGACACCACUCAGCUGCUGACUGGAGAGGUGUUUGCAGGUGGAGAGGCCGGGAUGGCUGUACCAGCGACCGUUUGCACUGCCAAGGCUGUAGGUAUUAGCGUGGACAUUAACACCUACGAGCCUCAUCUUCUCGCUGGUACUAUGGCUCAUAUGAUCGGCCAUAACAUCGGAAUGGGACACGACGAUGGACGAGAGGAGUGCUUCUGCAGAGAUUGGCAUGGCUGUAUUAUGGCUCAGGCAAUUGUAGGCUUGGACAAUGUGCAGCCUUACAAAUUUUCAGAGUGCAGCAGAAGCGAUUACAUCGAUAGAUUGAGGACCGGUAAUGGUAUCUGCCUUCUCAAUAAACCAAAUGAAUUGGAGGUGCACAGGACCUGCGGGAAUCGUAUUGUUGAGGAAGGAGAGGAAUGCGAUUGCGGUUCCAUAGAUGAUUGCCACACGGUGGAUCCUUGUUGCGACCCCAUCACGUGCAAGUUGACCUCGGAGGCGGAGUGCGCGUCGGGGCCGUGCUGCGAGCAAUGCAGGCUGAGAGAGAAGGGCGUAGUGUGCAGGGACUCGUCGAACGAAUGCGACCUCCCGGAGCAGUGCACCGGAGAGUCCGGCGAUUGUCCUGCAGAUGUCUUCAAGAAGAACGGGAAUCCGUGCGGCGGCGACAGCGGCUACUGCUUCAACGGUUUCUGCCCUACGCACGCUAUCCAGUGCGAGCACAUCUGGGGUUACGGAGGUGUCUCAGCCGACCUUCAGUGUUACGACCAGUUCAACUCGAAGGGCUCCAUCAAUGGUCACUGCGGUAACGACGCCUACGGCAGAUACGUGAAGUGUGCGCCGGAGAACGUGCGGUGCGGCUCGCUGCAAUGCCAACUCGGGAAUCGAUAUCCCGUCGUCAAAGGUCUGGACCAGCUCUACACGCGGACCACUAUCUCCAUCAAGACAGUCGAAUACGAAUGCAAGUCUAUUCACAGGUCCACCAGCUCCGGAAGCGGCGUCAAGACCGAAGUACCGCAUCUAGGCCUCGUGCGCGACGGUACACCUUGCGGAGAGAAUCUAAUCUGCAUCAAUCAGACCUGCUCUAGCAUUUUCCCGCAUCUCGACCAGACCAAAUGUCCCACCAAUAAUAACGAUCUGGAGUGUUCCGGCCACGGGGACUGCACGAACACGAAUAAAUGCUACUGCGGAGUGGGCUGGAGCGGUCCGGAUUGUUCCAUUGAAGAGCAGGUGACGGCAACACCACCACUUCCUACCCCACCGCCAGAGGCUACCAAAGGGAUGAAGGACCUGGCGGAGAUUAUGAAAAAGAAAGAGACCCCCUACGAGUCCUAUCACGGCUCGAACACGGUUUUUCUCGUGGGUACACUCAUGUCGGUGGUAGGGGGUGUGUUCAUUGUGUUUGCAACUAUGGCUCUAUGCUACAGGUCAGUCGUAGUACACAAAAACUUCUCGCUCUGCCUCAGGAAGACGACGGUGCGCAAAUACCAGAAACCUUACGUUAAAAAGCCGACUCAGAAAAAUUACGUCCUCACGUCCGGAAAUCAUUCUGCUUCCCAAGAGGACACGCUUAAUAACGCUGACAAGAUCAUGUCCUUCGGCCCUGUACCUGCCUACGGUCGCACCGAUUCGCAGCGCGUUUUGUACAGAUCUUCGAACCACAUGGGAUCCAGUGGACCAUCGAAUUUCCAGGAUCACAAGAUGCAGCAGCUGAAGAGGAUUGGUGUAGGUGGAUCUGGGAGCGAGGACGAUCCAACGCAUUCAGGUAGUGAAGAGGAGACCGUGUCCUUCAUCGAUCUGCAACACAAUAACCUCAAACUUCCGGAGAAGAAGGGUAUCCUGAAGAAACACGACUACGGUUUGGUCGGCGUCGAUGUUAAAGACGGUUGGGCGGAUGGUUCCCAGGAUAACAUUAUGUGCAGCACCGAUGCAAGCAUGGCGCAGCUUGUCGGAGGUACUAGCAUGUCACAGGUGGAGAGAACGCUGAAGAGUCUCAACGGGUACCACGAAGACAUCAUCAAAGCCUUAAGGAAUGCCGCAACGCAUCGCGGUACCGCUACUCCAUCAGGAAGCACCACUGCUCUCAGUGAGGAAGUCCUCAGAAGGAGUUUGCAAGAGUGCGCUGUAGGCUAUCCCGAGUAUAAAACGAGCGGCAGCAAAGAGAAUGUCUGCGAACAACAGGUUGUCGUGGAGGCUGAGGAGGAGGAAGAGGACGAGGUGCCACCGCACGGUCCGAUCCGUAUACGAAACCUGGAGGACCUGAUCAGACAACUCGAACAUCACACCCGUCACAUGAGCCCCAGCGGUUCCGAGGAUAUCCGGAUGUCCGAGACGGAGGCGGAUCGUCACUACCGUCAAGAAUCAUCGUCGGCAUGCAGCGAGAGUUCUCACCAAUCGCACCGGGACAGCCGCUUCGUGUACGGCCGAUACAGACAACCGACUGGACGUCUUCCGUAUCCUCACCCGCAUCCCCAUCCUCAUCACCAGGCCGAGGAGGAGAGCAUCUACGAGAGUGCGGACCACGAGAGGGGCGCACCUUGCGGCGAAACGCCGGACAGCGAGAGUGAUGAAUUUAUUCAAGCUCAACAGCAACUAGCCCGCUGGGCUAGCGACGACGCGGUGCCACAGGCCGGCACCAGCGGGCAAAUGCCGCGCGAAUACUUUCCAUCACCGAGCAGCUCCACCAGUGAGGAACCCACCAGCAUCGUCAGAGCUCCGGCUCCCGUGCCGCCCGUUGUUACCGCUCCUCAUCCGGAGCACGCCACCAUCCACAGACCCAAACGUUACCCCGAAUACAAACACUGAUAGUGACUCACAGGGUAGACUCGCAUCGCUCGCCGCGAAUCAACCCAUCAUCCCAUCAAACGGACUAUUACAACCCAAUCCCCCAAACCCCCCAGCAAACCCCCUUCAAAAAAAAAGAAACACCCACAUCCCUAAGCAUCCCCAGUUAAGUGUAUCUAAAUUAAGUCGGACUGACCAGAAGCGAGCAAAACCGAAACUCAACGGAAAGCGAAACGAGAUUUAAUACCAUGGAUGAUAUUAAACAUAUACAAUAUACAUAUAUAUAAAAAAUAAAUAAAUAUAGUUGUUGAGACAUUUUUCCCGGUGCACCCGAGGAGUGCACGCGUUGUUCUUAAGCCGUGAUCAAUGAUAUGAUGUGUAGUAUUUCGGAGAUACGAAACAGAAACCCGAUUCUGCCUUAGUUGUGGCAACUCGCUCUCCAGUCUUACCAAUCAUCACCAUAACAACCGCGUAAGAAGACAUCUUCGUUGAGCGAUGAAAGGCCGAGAGCAAGAUAGCCAACCAAAAAAAUAAUACGUUAUUACUUAAUAAUUAAAGCGAAAGCGAAGGAAGGAAGGAAGGAAAAAUA